GUCUGACCAUUUUGUGCAUAUAUAGGAAGAAAAAUUUGGGAGGAAAAAAUGUAGAGACUGGAAACGACACAUUGCCGAAAGGUUCCCUUAUGAGGCGAGUGACACACUUCUUUUUUUUCCGACCACGUAUUAAAAAGCUUGCUAUAAAUUAAAAUUUCUUGAUUAAUCUACAAAAAAAUUUGCAGGUUCGCCUUUUAAUGUCAGCAGUCCACGCCGAUUUUGUUUUUCUUGGAAUGAGUUCAUCACAAGCAGAAUUGCUCAUUGGAAGUAAUAAAUUGGAAUUAAUGCCUAAAUAUUCACAAGAGAGCACUGAAAAAUUUCUUGUUGAACGGCUUAAAAAGGAAGGUAUAACAGAUAUUCCAAAAGCUUUAAGCAAAAUGUCGGUCAAAGCGCAUCUUAAAAACCUUCACACAUUACGACAACAUUGCCAAAAAUAUAUGUGUAAAUACAGUGAAUUCACGUUUGCUAGAAAUGCUUUGCACGAAACAAUUCCUGGAUGUGCUGGAUUCAUUCUAGGAUUGCCUAGGGAAGAAAAAUUGGACAGAUUAGUAGAUUUGGCAGAAGAAUUUUUAAUUGAACACAUUCUCCUUCAAUUGGACCCAAAUCGUCCGCCACGUAUAGACUACAAUCAAUUGGAUAUUUUGUUGGGUUGGGCACGUGAUUUAAUUGAAUGGGCAGAUUAUAAAGAAUCUUUUAGUUUUAAAUUGGAUCAGGUUCCGAGAAGGGGAAAAGUUUUACAAGAAGACAAUUUCAAAAAAGCAGCGCAAUGGUUUGAUAAAUUUAUUGAUGAAAAUUUUUCUGAUGGAAGACAGGCUAUGAUUUUACGUCAAAAUAGGGAGAUGGUUAAAAAUUUACAAACAUUAAUACACAGAGGAACGAUAGAAAAGCUGGCUGCUGCACAAAGGCAGAAUGUUGACCAUUUUGAACCCCUCACUGUUAUUGCUAUUGUUGGUCAUCGACAUGUUCCUGGAAUUUGUGAAAUUUGGGAUCGCCCAGAGGAGGUUUUUAAUGUUGAAACAGAAUAAUAUUUUAGAGAAAAUAUUUUUUUGGUUGUAUUU